CCCCACCUGCUAUCGCCCUUGUGGUGUCAGGUGGGCGGCCGCCGCGUGUACGUUCCUGCCUUGACGGGCGCUGGUCCAGCAUGCGCGAAACCGUAAGAAGGGGCUGAUGGCGGUGACGUUGAACCGACCUAUACUGAGGAUGAGUGAGGCGAUACCCGGGUGGAGGGGAAUGCGGCCCUGCGGCUGUUGGCAGGGAAGGGAAAGUGCCAUCAGAUUUCACGUAUCAUGCAGUUUCAGACAAGGUGGCACUAUCCUGUCUGGGUCGGUAGAAACUAGCACCACCUUUCCUUCACUGGAUUUUGAUAGGAUAGUGCUACUUCCCCUGUGCCGACUCUGCGGUGCCAGGGGAUGACACCCGCCCUACCAACGCCAGGGAAGGCAGUACCACCUACCACACACCCGGGUAUCACCCCGCAUCCUCGUCUGCCAAAUUGUGAAAAUAUAGUAGCGCUUCCACAGUACUAAUAGAGCUAGUCGUGUAUUAUAGCGCAGUAUUGCUAAUAAAUUAGUGCGAACAUGAUGCUGGUUUUAUUUACGUUCACAUGGAGCCCAUGCGUGCUGUUGUGUUAAAUGACAAUGGACACUAUUACUAUUAUUAUUACAGUUAUUGUCAUUAGUGUUAUUAUUUUUUAUAAUUUUUCACUGUAAAAAGACGCUGUAGGGAUGGUGUACAGAACCAAGAGUUGUGAUGACCUUAGAUAUAAGUGUGUGGAGGUCGAACCGUGUGUAGCGGCCUCACUAACACCGGUGAUGAUGACCUUGCUUGAUGAUGGUCAUAAUGAUAUUUGUGGUCUCGUGCGGUACGAGGUACGGCGAGGCCAGGAGCUGCACGGCGCUCACGCCCCACUUUGUUGCAGGUGGCUGGUACGGGCGGCGCCAAUGUGACGUGUGCGGCAAAUCUCUUUCCUCCAAGUAUGCCCUGCAGGUGCACAUGCGGGACGUGCACACGGAAGUGCGCCGCACCUUCACCUGUUCCCUGUGCAACAAGGUGUACGCGUCUCAGAACUCGUACCGUGUGCACAUGAGCAUCAAGCAUCGCCAGCAACAGUCCCCCCAGGUUCCCACCCUCCCGCCGUCGCCCCACCAGGGGCCCCUGUGAGAGCGGUGUUGCGUGGCGGGGGCGGGGAGGUGAGGCGGGCGGCGGGCGGCCGUGAUGGCGGUGGGCGCGUGCGGGUUCUGGGGCGUAAGCACCGAUGGCACUCGAGGAUGGUGAUGGUGGUGGUGGUGAUGAAGGAGAAGGGGCAGGUGAUGAGGGACGGCGCGGGCGGCUGCGAGGGCGGGCAGGUGGGUAGGCACAGGUGGGCUGACGAGGCUGUUUUCUGUUUGCAGGUGAGGCGGGCUCGGAAGCGGUGGCCUGUCCGCUGUGCCGGGCUGUGGUGCCACGCACUGAGUUGCCCGCCCACCUCCGCCUCACUCCCGCCCGCGCCCGCAAGCCCACGCCCACGCCCUCCAGUGCCCCUUCUGCCUCAAGAAGUACUCCACUUGGAACUCCCUCAAGAAGCACAAGAGCGUAUACCACCGCGAACAGUCCUGGAACGCUCGGGGGUUUCAGCGGAUACUGGAGCGGGACAAGGAGAACACGUGAUAGGUGUGGCCCGGCCCCCCUCCCCUCCCUCCCACCACUCUUCCCCCAGCUGGUGCCGCUGCCCCGCCGUCGUUGCCGCCGCCGCAUCCGCCGCCGCAUCCGCCGCCGCCGCCGCCGCUCAUGUUGUCCUGUCAGGCCCACGUGGGCGACAAGUGCCAUGUUGUAACGCUUCUCUGCCAAAAGCAUAUUCCUAUUGGUGUGUCUUGAAGGCGCAACUAAACAUACUGAACCAUUGAACCUCAGAUUUAUGUUCAAAUGUUUCCACAGACUUGCCUUGCACAAGGCAAAUGUAACAAAAUAUUUCUUUCAUAUACUUUUAUGCAGAAUUAUUUUGUAUAAUAAGAUAGAAAUGUAAAUCUAAGUCCAAUAUUAGUUUUUGUUUUACUUUUUAAUAAGAGAAGCUAAAUGAUGAUGCAUGCGUGUCUAACGCAUUAGGAUACUAGUCGGCUUAGCAAGCUCUGCUAACUUUGUGUGUAACACGUAGAUGCUUUGUAACGAUCCUAGUGUAGCUCUAGUCCUACCUCAACAAUAAAUUGGAAAACUUAA